GUCCCGCCCCUGCAGAGAUCGGCGCUGGGACGGAACCCGGGUUCCUCUCAAACCCGGAAUGUGAGGCUUCGCCUCGGUUGUCUGCUGCUCCCUGUCCCGCUCUCUACCCGCGCCUGCGUCUGCUGCCGCUUCCCUGCAGCUCGCCCCCUAGGAGCCAGGGCUGCCGUGCCCUUCUACCGUGUGCCCGCGUGGCUGCCACCGCCCCUCCGAAUCCUCCGGGGCCGCAGAGGAGUUCGCUACGGAGGGAGGCGGGGGCCUUCGGGAGGAGGAGGCGGAGGAGGCGGAGGAGGAGGGAAGGAAGAUGGCGGCCGUGGAACUAGAGUGGAUCCCAGAGACUCUGUACAACACCGCCAUCUCCGCUGUCGUGGACAACUACAUCCGCUCCCGCCGAGACAUCCGCUCCUUGCCCGAGAACAUCCAGUUCGAUGUUUACUAUAAGCUUUACCAACAGGGACGCUUAUGUCAACUGGGCAGUGAAUUUUGUGAGUUGGAAGUUUUUGCUAAAGUAUUGAGAGCUUUGGAUAAAAGACAUUUGCUUCAUCAUUGUUUUCAGGCUUUGAUGGAUCAUGGUGUUAAAGUUGCUUCAGUCUUGGCCUACUCAUUUAGUAGACGGUGCUCUUACAUAGCAGAAUCUGAUGCUGCAGUAAAGGAAAAAGCCAUUCAGGUUGGCUUUGUUUUAGGUGGUUUUCUUUCAGAUGCAGGCUGGUACAGUGAUGCUGAGAAAGUUUUUCUGUCUUGCCUUCAAUUGUGUACCUUACAUGAUGAGAUGCUUCAUUGGUUUCGUGCAGUAGAAUGUUGUGUGAGGUUGCUUCAUGUACGAAAUGGAAACUGCAAAUAUCAUUUGGGUGAAGAAACAUUCAAGUUAGCUCAGACAUAUAUGGAUAAACUGUCAAAACAUGGCCAGCAAGCAAACAAAGCUGCACUCUAUGGGGAACUGUGUGCACUCCUAUUUGCAAAAAGUCAUUAUGAUGAGGCAUACAAAUGGUGCAUUGAAGCAAUGAAAGAGAUUACAGCAGGCUUACCAGUUAAAGUUGUGGUUGAUGUUUUGAGACAAGCAUCUAAGGCUUGUGUAGUAAAACGUGAAUUUAAGAAGGCAGAACAAUUAAUUAAACAUGCAGUGUAUUUGGCACGGGAUCAUUUUGGAUCCAAACACCCAAAAUAUUCUGAUACACUGCUAGAUUAUGGGUUCUACUUACUCAAUGUAGAUAAUAUCUGUCAGUCUGUUGCAAUUUAUCAGGCAGCCCUUGAUAUUCGACAGUCAGUGUUUGGUGGCAAAAAUAUCCAUGUAGCAACUGCACAUGAAGACUUGGCUUAUUCUUCUUAUGUUCACCAGUAUAGCUCUGGAAAAUUUGACAAUGCGCUAUUUCAUGCAGAAAGAGCUAUUGGUAUCAUUACCCACAUCCUACCCGAAGAUCAUCUUCUUUUGGCUUCUUCAAAGAGGGUGAAAGCACUUAUUUUAGAGGAGAUUGCUAUUGACUGUCAUAAUAAGGAAACUGAACAGAGGCUGCUUCAAGAAGCUCAUGAUUUGCACCUGUCUUCACUUCAACUAGCUAAAAAAGCUUUUGGGGAAUUUAAUGUACAGACUGCAAAACACUAUGGUAACCUUGGAAGACUUUAUCAGUCAAUGAGAAAAUUUAAGGAAGCUGAAGAAAUGCACAUUAAAGCAAUUCAGAUUAAAGAGCAACUUCUUGGUCAAGAAGAUUAUGAAGUAGCCCUUUCAGUGGGACAUCUGGCUUCUUUGUAUAAUUAUGACAUGAAUCAGUAUGAAAAUGCUGAGAAACUUUAUUUGCGAUCUAUAGCAAUUGGGAAGAAACUUUUUGGUGAAGGCUACAGUGGACUAGAAUAUGAUUACCGAGGUCUCAUUAAACUUUACAACUCCAUUGGAAAUUAUGAGAAAGUGUUCGAAUAUCACAAUGUUCUGUCUAACUGGAACCGGUUGCGAGAUCGGCAGUAUUCAGUGACCGAUGCUCUUGAAGACGUUAACACCAGCCCCCAGUCCACUGAAGAAGUGGUGCAGUCCUUCCUGAUUUCUCAGAAUAUUGAGGGACCAAGUUGCUGAGGGAGGACCUCAGUUAACCAAUUAUCUUUUCCCAGAUUCCAGGGAAUUCAUACUGUGAAAUCAAAACCAUGUUGUUUUUGGGGGCUGGAAUUUGCAUUGAAACACUGGUCCAGUCCAUUGAAAACCCUAUUUUGGGUAAUCCCUAUCUUGCAGAGUGUCCGUAGAAUAAGCAUAUAUUCAGUUAUAUUCAGCAUGUAUCGCAUGUAUAAGUAGUCUGGCCCACAUUCUCAACCUAGUAGAACAAACAACAGAAACCCCCCCCCCCUUUUUUUUUUUCUUUCUUUUUAAAAAAUAAUUCGUUUUACAGAAAGCCUGAAAGGAAAAAAAAAAAAAAGAACCCCUAAAUAAAACUAUUUAAGAGUUUAAAAGAGUUGCAUUCUUAUUAUGUAAGGAUGAUCUUAACAACUUUUUAACAUAAAAUUCUUCCAUGUGGAGGUAUUCAAUACUGUACUGUAAAGAAAUUUUACGGGGAAAAUCUUUAUAUGCAGUAUAGAAAAGUUAACACAAGUACUAAUAAAAGAGGGACAUCCUGACUUUAGAUUUGGCCACCUUUCCCAGAGAAGUGGAUACAACCACUCUAGAACUAUAUUAUAAGAGAAGGACUGUCAGAUUCAUCUGAACUGGACCAGUGUUGAUCUGUAAGUAAUAAAAAAUAUGAUAGACCAGCGGUUUUAACUCAUUUUUUUUUUUGUUUGUUUGUUUUUGGUACAACAAUGCAAGAUGCUCUAACAGCGUUUGCUAACAGGACCAGGAGGAUCUAAAAAGGACCAUCCUAAUAGAAAAGGUGGUUAUUUGGACCAGAGGCUUUAGAUUAUUAUUUUAGCCUCUGCAUAUACUUUUAUCAAUAGAAUGAUUUCAUUUAGCUCUAUAAGGGAAAAUGAUAAUGCACAAAGUAUAUUCAUAUAAUAGAUACCGAACUAGGGAAAUUUGGUAAUUUUUAGUGGCACAUCUUUAGUCAAGGUACAUAGAUGGCAAUGCCAUAAGCAAGUCUAUAAUGCCUGCUGCAACUACCACCAUUAUUUAAAAUUUACUCUAAUAAUCAACACAAUAAACAAAUGUUUUGGCUAAGAGUCGUGAAAUAGCUCAUGUCCAGGUGGAAAUUUUAGGUUACUGUGUUAUCUGUGGGGAUAAUGGAAAAUGAAUGCCCAGAAAUAUGUCUUCUAAGAAAUUCCUUUAUUUUUAUGGUAUAUAAAACAGCAUCAUUUUAUCUGAAACCCAGUAGUCAAAUGGAAAGAUCCCCUAAUGAUAGUUGUAUUUCACCAAUCUGUCUUUCCAUUUAUUGGGUUCUAAUUUUCUUUUUCAUCUUUUUGUUCUUCUUGUUCUUAUUUUUUAAAUUAAGUCAGUUGGGUUAUUUAAUGUUGAGGUAAUGUUCAAAUUUGAGAAGUUAUGACAUGUAGCAAACCAAGAAACAAAGGUCUUUUGCUAUUACCUCAAUUCUUAUUAUAGUGGCCCAUCUGGUGCCUCUACAGUUAAGAAUCUGGGUUUCUCCCCUAUUUUCAGGGGUUCAUGACUUGGCCAUUAGAGAUGUUAUUCCAAGCUAAUGCUUGGAGUAGUCUGUGCGUGAGUGAGUGUGUAUUGAAUUUUGGUUUUUCUCUUAACAUGCAUGUUGGGUGAGAGUAAAUUCUAAAUUCACAUAGAGUACAGAAAAACUAAUUGGUGAUUUAAUUUUAAAUAUUUUUUUUUUAACUUCCCAACUUUAACCUUGUUUGAAACCGCUAUUUGCAUUUUUGUUAGUUGUGAGCCAGUGCAUUUAAAUUAUUCAGAGGUAUACCUGAAGAGAUAAGCAAGCCCAGAUCCCUAAGAUGAUAACUUUGUGAUUUAGAAAUCUGGAUUUUUUUUCCUCAAAUUAUUCUCUUUAAAUUCUGGAAAGAAUAAAUUGGCAUGCCUGCAGUUUAUGAAUCUGGUCCCCCUCCCAGUUAAUUGCAGUCUGAUGCCAAGAGUCACCCUUUAUUAAUUACUAAAUAAUCUGUGUGACCAAGGACUAACAUUUUAAGUUACUCAGCUCUGUCCUCAUGGACCUAUAUAUUUAAUACCUCCAAAGAUAUUUUCAGGAUAGGCUUUGUAUACUUUUAUUGGUUAUUAGAGUCCUAUGGUAUAUUUCUGGUAUAGGAAUGUUGUGGUAAAUUGUUUUUCAAUAAAUAUUUUGAAACUUAUGUUUCCACAUGAAGUUUCUUUUUUUUUUUUUUUUAUCUUUUUUUGUUUUGUUUUUUUCUUUUUUUUCUUUUUGUUUUUUGUUUUUUUGGGGGGGCAGGAGGGUUUGUGCACAUACAACAUUUCCUAGGAUAAAAUCAAGCAAAAGACUUUAAAGCCUUAUCUUCCCUAACUCAGUUUGAAUUCAACUUAGCUCACACUCAGUGAUAAAGUGACACAAUAUUUAGAAGACUUGGAUCACAGGGUGAUAAUGUCAGCUGGCAGCCAGUGUCAUCCCCUACCCCAUGUCAUUAUUGGCAGUUUUUCCUUUUUACCGCUAAUUUAAUGUAGUUUUCUUUAAGUCCAUAAGUGUUUAUAAAACAUACACUCUAGCUGUUUUGUUAGUGAUAUGACUUAAUAAUUGCAUUAUUCUGAUUCUGAUGAAUAAUAAUAUCCUAAUAAUUUUUAAGUAUAGGAUUUAUCCCUUUAGUAAAGAUGUUGAGGGCAAAUUUGAGAAAUGAAUGCCACCAUGAUUUAUGACAUUAAAAAAUAAAACUAAAAGUAAUAAAAUUAUACCCACAAUAACUAAACUUUUUUACAUAUAAUGGGGUCCAGUGUAAGGAAGCCUUGGCCAACUUAAAUAUUUUUCUGGAAGCUUAAUGAAGUAAUGUUAAAUAAGGGCCUUUGGUCUCAUCAUUUCCUGAGUUCUACCCAAAAAGAUUGGUGCUAUUCAAAUUGAGGGCAUCAGGAAGCUCUCACACACAUGCCAUACAGGUGGUCACUCACUUUCAACUUCAGUUUAAUAGAGCCUAUUCAGUUUUUUAGAGCAUAAUAUUUAUGGGUCCCCAAAACGGACUUUGCCCAAAGAAUAAGGACCUUUACUACUAUCAAAUCUGUUCUUUAGUUAAGAAUGCACUCACUAUUGCUUUGUAGUAACCCCUGCCCAAAUAUUGUUGCAUUGAGAAAACAAAGGAUUUAACAAGAGACCUUUGUUCAUAACCUGUAGGAUUUCACAAUCUUGCAAAAAUUAAGUACAGAAAGUCACAUGUAGUGGUGCAUGCCUAUAGUCCCAGCUAUUUGGGAGGCUGGGGUGGGUGGGAAGAUCACUUGAGCUCACAAGUUCCAGGCCACCACGGGCAACACAGCAAAACCCCCAUUUUUAAGUACAAUGGCUGCAAUCUUAGAAAUAAUCAGAAUGCCAUUUGGCAUUCUCUUUAUAGUGCAGACGGAAAGCUGAUCGGUAAACAUGCCGAAAACAUGAUUGAAGCUUUUGGCCAAAACUACAAACUUAAAAAAAAUGAUUUGCUAAAAGCAGGCAUUGUUAAUUAGCACUUAUUUUUAUGUUUUUCCCAGGAUUUGUAGCCUUGUUGUUUCCAGACUUCUUUUUCUGAAUGGCAAAGUUACUACUGGAAAAAUACUUCAAAGAAUUUUUUUUAAGAAUUUUAUUUUUGCUUUAAAAAUUAAUGCAUAUUUCACCUCUUGACUUUGGAGGACUUCAAGUUACCAAGACAUUUUUUUAAUAUGAUAUUUGGAUUAAAUUCCAAUUCGAACACUUGUAAUUCUUUUGUCCACGAAUCUCAGGAAUGUUUUAGGUGGAAAGCUGGUUUUACCCUGUUGAUCUGAAGGAGUGUGCUUUAGGACUUAUUAAAUAAUACUAUUCUUAAUUGCAAUCCUAGGUAUCUAUAGCAUGAGUGGCCUUAGUGAGUUUGUUGAAGUGCACAUGUUUUUCAAAAGUAAAAUUUAAGAUUAAAUAUAUAUAUAUGCUAUAUAUAGAUAUCUAGAAAACUUGGUUUGUGGUGCACAGUUAAGUGUUGGAUCAUUAAAUAACCGUUGCAGGUACCAUUUGUGUAACAUCACUCAUUUCUGUAUAUUCCUUUUAUGGAAAGAUAUGUUGCCAUGGUAACUAAAACUUUUCAAUUUAGUUUUAUGAUGUGAGUGAAUGCUACAUUUUAUUAAAUAUUACCAGGUCAGUACUAUUUUUAUACUUUAUUAAGCAACAGGGGAUUUUAGUUUAAUAGCCUCAAAAUAAAAAGCUCUUAAUGAACAAUUAAAAACAAAUCACUAACAUUCUUUACAUGAAAGUCCCCACUACUAGUGCCACAGUAAUUUCUAUAGAAAUAACUAAGGUUAAUAGAUUUUUGAAGACAGUUCAUUGUGUCAGAAUGACCUUUCAUAUCAUUCUCACUGACUUGUAGUGUCCACCAUUAUUUGUAAUUAUUAAAUCAUACUAAGUAUGUUUGUAACCAGCAUUGUGAUAUAUUCUGUACUUGUAUUGCUAAAAACGAAUUAUUGACCUAAUAAAUAUAGUGUUCCUGCA